AUGGGCUUCAAUCAGCAGCUCCGGGAGGAGGAGGAGAGGCAGCUGACUCCUGCUGAACAGGCCAAGGCUCGACUGCAGCUGGUUCUGGAGGCAGCUGCUAAAGCUGAUGAAGCAUUGAAGGCUAAAGAGAGAAGUGAGGAAGAAGCCAAGAAGAGGAAGGAAGAAGACCAAGCCACCCUGGUGGAGCAAGUGAAGCGAGUCAAGGAAAUUGAGGCGAUUGAAAGCGACUCCUUUGUUCCCCAGACCUUCAGAUCCACUAAAGAAGUCAGGAAGUCAACAGAACCUGCUGAGCCCCAGUAUGAGCCUGCAAGCAUUGGGCUGGGCACUGCUGAGCCCCCUGCUCCUGACAAAGAGCCUCCAGCAGCCAACAUCCCUACUGCCAUCAAGUAUCAAGAUGAUAACUCCUUGGCACACCCAAAUCUGUUCAUGGAGAAGGCAGAAGCAGAGGAGAAGUGGUUCCAGAGGCUGGUGGCGCUGCGGCAGGAGAGGCUGAUGGGCAGCCCGGUGGCCUAGCCAGCACCUCCCCCAGCUCC